GAUACCGGAGUCAGACCGAGCAGUGGACGGACCUUUCACCGUGUGUGUUUCUCUCCCCGCAGAUGAUGGCUCGGUUCCGGACGCUUUGGACCGGGAUCCUGGUCCUCCUCACGGCCGGUCCUCCUGCCGUCGUCCGCUCUUUCAGCUACCUGAGCUUCAACCUGUGCAAGUGGUGUGAGUCGUCCAGUCCUGUGUGUGAAGACCGCGUCUGCACCAGUAACUGCUCGCUGAACUCCUUCUGCAACGUCACCGAGGAGAUCUGCAUCGCCAUAUGGAGAAAGACCAACGACACGAUGACGGUUCACACAAUGUGUCAUAAUCCCUCCUUGCCACUAGAGGGCGUGGACCCCGGUCUGCUGCUCAACUUCACCUCAAGAGAGUGUCACAUGGUCCCACAGCCUGCAGAUGAUGGAGCCGUGAUGGUCUGUGGUUGUCAUGGAGACCACGAGUGUAACGACAGACUGAUCUUUGACAAGGGAGCCAACGGAUUUUCCAAGCUGCAGAGUAAAGACGUGAUCCCGGUGGUGGUCGUGAGUUUGGUGCCCCCUUUCCUGGUUGCCAUAGUUGCCACGGCUGCCUUCUACUUUUACCGCACACGCCGUCCUGACAAACCCAGCCCUCCUGUGCGCCCUGACUGGCCCACCAAACGCACCCCAGAUCUCUACCAGGCUUUUGACUUGCCAUGUGGGGGUCUCGGGCCUAGACGUGAUGGUGGAGGUGGUGUGACAGGUCCUGGUGCUGAAAUGGAGGAGUCUAAUGCCAAGUUGCCAAACAAUGACAACAUCAGUGACAUGACAGCUUGGCAGGGACAUCUGGCUGAACCACUGCCCAUCAAGCUGGAAGCUGUGGUGGGGAAGGGGCGCUUUGCAGAAGUGUGGAGGGGAUGCCUGCUUGACGGUGAGAAGGGGGGAGUCAGCAGUUAUGAAACUGUGGCAGUGAAGGUGUUUCCAGCUGUAGAGUACGCCUCCUGGAGAAACGAGUGCUCCAUCUUCUCAGACCCAAAGCUGGAGCAUGAUAACGUGGUGCGAUUCUUUGCAGCCAUGGAAAGGGGCCCGCCUGGCCACGCCCUUAGGAAGUACUGGUUGGUUUUGGCCUAUCACAGCCUCGGGAACCUGCAGGACUUUCUCUCUGCAAACAUACUCACCUGGGAGGAACUUAUUGCCAUGGCAGGCAGCAUCGCUAGAGGAUUGGCUCAUCUCCAUAAUGACACGACUCCCAGCGGGGUUCCAAAGGUUCCAGUUGCCCAUCGGGACCUGAAGAGCAGUAACAUUGUGGUAAAGAGCAGGAAGGAGUGUGCUCUGUGUGACUUUGGUCUGGCAUUGAGAUUGGACCUCUCCCUUACUGCUGACGACUACGCUAACAGUGGACAGGUUGGAACUGCUCGCUACAUGGCUCCUGAGGUCCUUGAGUCAAGGGUGAACCUGGAAGACCUUGAGGCCUUCAAGCAGAUGGACGUUUACUCCAUGGCUCUGGUCCUCUGGGAGUUAGCAUCUCGCUGCGAGGCCAUAGGUGUUGCAGAGGUAAAGAGCUACGAGCCAGCGUUUGGCUCCAAGGUUUGUGAGCAGCCCUGUGUGGACAGCAUGAGAGAUCUGGUGCUCAGGGACCGAGGACGACCGGAGAUCCCCUCAACGUGGACGCAGCACCAGGGGAUGGGUGUCUUCUGCUCCACCAUCACUGAGUGCUGGGAUCACGACCCUGAGGCCAGACUGACGGCUCACUGCGUGGUGGAGCGCUUGAAUGCCCUGCAGCAGGAAGAGGAGGAGGGAGGAAGGCAGGAGGAGGAGGAAGAGGAGGAUGUGAGGAGAGGAACUGACAGAGAGAGUGAUAAGGAAUCAGAGACACCAGACAAUAAUCAGAGUCCUUCCUACACCACUGCUGCUUCAUCACCCUCUUCCUCUUCCUCCUUUCAGAUCCCUCAGCCAGACUCACAGACAGAAGGAACAGAGGUUUCCCAAGAUUCCCUGGUUCACUCUGGUUCUGUGGUGUAAACUGUGCACCUCAUCAUACAAACACUUUGGGCCUUUUUCAUCCUGUUGCUGGCUGUGUUCCCGUAUUUCUGUAACGGGACCAAAGAAACUGAAGGACUGAGUAACCUGACUGUAGUGGAAAAUAAUGCAAUUUAUUGACUGACACCAUGAAGCCGACCCCAUCCAAUGGAGUUUACCACUAUAGACACUCUGACAGCAUGUUCGCCGAUCAGCUACGACUUAAAUAUAGUCUGCGGAUAAUGAUAGCGAAAGACUUUGGUGAUGUACUGACGUAACCUCUAGUGCCUCAGGCAGGUUAAAAACAGUGUAAGGGUGACUGUAUUCUCAAACCUCCAAACUGGAUCCCAAACUUUAUCAGGUGUAUUUUUUUCAGAAUUGGGAAUAAUUACUUAAGCUCUUAGCACGUACCAAGUGCACCAUUCAAUGACCGGAUAUUAAGGAGACAGCCUCCUGGGGCUCGUCAGAGGAGAGACAGAUUGUUUGCAAUAUGAGGAGCGAGGGGCAGAAAGCAAUCUGACGCAAUGCAAUCAUGUAACCCAUUGACAGUCAUCCGAGGACAUUAGCUUCAAUCAAUGUCUUUACAUAGAUAUCAGCAUGCAAGUGCAGCUUACAAUCUGUAAGUAACUUGUCACUUCCCAAGCUGCUAGUUGGACUAGGCAACGUGAUUUAAAUAAUUAUUUUCUGCUGGCUGCACCAAAAACCUUGCAAAGUUGUCCAUAGUUCGAUGGGUUUGUAUCUUUGUUAGAUGAUAGCCAAUGGGUUUCAGGUUGGUUGCACAGGUCUUUGAUCAUUAUUAGGGCUGUCAGUGUCGCAUGCCAUUUUGUCCCUUCAGGCUCACCGUAGAUAGUCGUCCUCAGUGUCUCCCUGUAGUCUCAGUGAUGUAAAAUAAGGACACUGCUGCGUCUUUG